AAUCUACCUACCGUCUUCAACCUAAGGUUUUCAGCUGCGACGCCAGUAUCCUUUUUUGUACCUCAGAGAGACAGAGCGAGAGGGAUUAAGCAAAAAUGCCGGCUGGUCACGGUCUUCGUUCCCGGACCCGAGAUUUGUUCGCUAGACCCUUCAGGAAGAAGGGUUACAUACCCCUCACGACCUACCUCAGGACCUACAAGAUCGGUGACUACGUCGACAUUAAAGUGAACGGCGCGGUCCAUAAGGGUAUGCCUCACAAGUUCUACCACGGCCGCACCGGCAGAGUCUGGAACGUUACAAAGCGAGCCAUCGGCGUCGAGAUCAACAAGCAGGUGGGUAACAGAAUAAUCAGAAAGAGAAUCCAUGUUCGUGUGGAGCACGUGCUGCCUUCAAGGUGCACGGAGGACUUCCGUCUCAGGAAGCUCAAGAAUGAUAAACUGAAGGCUGAGGCAAAGUCAAGAGGUGAGGUUAUCAGCACAAAGAGGCAGCCGGAGGGCCCUAAACCAGGUUUCAUGGUCGAGGAGGGUGCAACAUUGGAAACUGUGACUCCUAUUCCUUACGAUGUUGUUAAUGAUCUUAAGGGUGGUUAUUAGGUCUUUGCUAUUGCUACUUAGGGCUUAUCUGAUCAAAAUGUGUCCUUUGUUAGUUUCUUCAUUUUGGAAAUGGUAUUAUUUCUGCAUCAGAACAGUUUUAUUUUUAUAAUAUAUGGAUAUUUC